GGGGAAGAAAGGUUAGUACCCAUAAUACAUCUCCUUAUCCGAUGUAAAUGAGCGACUCACCUGUCAUUCACACGUUCUUUAUCAUCACCACUUCCUAUCCCCUUUCUUUAUUACAAUCACCUGUUUCUUGCCGAAAUUAUCAAACACCUGCAAAAAGCUCUCUCACCCACAUUGAAAAGCAUGACUCUUCCAGCUUAUUCAUCUUCGAUGAUCUCCUAUUUCUUACAUGCAUCGGUGCAUGCUUUUUGUUGCAGAAUCAGUACUAAUUAGCUAUUCAUGAUUCACUAGUACUAAUUUCUGCUUCAAUUGCUUCCCUUUCUGAAUUCAUAUUUCUCUGGACUGAGAAUGACAUCCGUUCAUAUAACAUUUCAUGUCACGUACAUAUUUCUAGCAUGGCUGACAAAUUUCGGGCAAAUAGCUUAUGGAAAGGUAGACAACUAUGUUGAUGAUGCCUGCAGUGUGACAAGGUAUCAUGACCUCUGUGUUCACACACUAGCAUCGUUUUCACGCACUUGUAAGAGCAGCCCAAGUAAGUGGGCACGCGGGGUGUCGGUGACCUUAGCCGAGGUCAAGAGCACUGCGCAGUACCUGACAAUUUUGAAGAAACAUCGGGUUAUGCGAGGAAGGAACCGAGUCGCCCUUUCAGAUUGCAUCGAAUGUUUUCAGGACGCCAUUGACGAGCUUCACAAAUCACUCUAUGUUCUAAGAAGGCUAAGUAAAAGACCAUAUAUAUUCGAUAUGCAAAUGAGUGAUCUCAACACAUGGAUUAGUGCAGUGCUCACCGAUGAAGAUACUUGCUUGGAUGGUUUUGAAGGCCAAAAGGGAGAGCAGGUUAAGUUACUUCGAAAUCGGGUUUUUAAUGCUACUCAUAUAACUAGUAAUGCCCUGGCUCUUGCUAACAAACUUGCCACCACGGGUUUUGGCAUCCCAAAUCGAUCGGCCAAUCUCAGGAAGGGAUUAAUUGGUCAUUGAUAACAGUGUAAAAUCAGUCUAUAUUGUGGGUUUGGUAUGAAUAAUUAGUACCGAUCGAACAUACUAAAAAUAAGGUAUCCAAAGCCAAAAUAUCUUGAUGUUUUGUUGGUUUAGCUGUGAGCGCACAUCUAUCUCUAUCUUCGCUUUGUAUAAUACUCUCUCUCUCUCUCUCUCUAUAUAUAUAUAUAUAUAAUAUAGUUUUGGA